CUAGGAUGCGCGGCCGUAGACCGUAGACCGUAGACCGCAAGAUCUCUCAGGGGUGCUGAGGUGCCGAGUUGUUCUUUCGCCGCGUAGACCUCGCUCAUCUUGCGGGCGUGGAAAGCUCAACUUCCCCGCUCGGCGGAACGGGAGUUGGGGAGCUCCAAGCUGGGACGGGACUGAGCAUCGCGUCAAUCAAGCUGUGCUCCAGGGAAAGCUGCUGCACGCUGAUUGAGCUCGGCCCCGCACCGGAGCUGCCGCCACCGCCAGGGCAUGCCAUGGCCAUCUGGACUUUGCCAUCCGCACUUCGGCUUCCCCAAUUAGGACACUCCUCCCCAUCCCGCGCUUGGGUUGUACGACUUUUCUCUUUGCCAUUGGCCUGACAGCUCUCUGGAUUGGCAGAUCCUGACAUCAGGCUCGGAACAAAACCGCAACCAGACCCAGCUUUCUCCCACUUCGGCUUCAUCCUGUUCUCUCCAAACAUCACCUCCCGUCCUUCCACCUCAGUCGACUUUCAGCAAAGACAAGCUGUCGUUUGCAGGAAGCUUCCAUUGCGUUGGAUUUCACCAUAAACUAGACCUUUUGGAUCCUCUCGAGGAGCAACAUCGGAAACCAUGAACACAAUUGACUCUCACGUCGUUCGAGAGCACUACAUUGGCGUCGAUGUAGGAACCGGCUCAGCUCGAGCCUGUCUCAUCGAUGACUCGGGAGAUAUCAAGUCGCUUGCGAGCGAGAACAUCCAGCUCUGGCAGCCCUUGUCGGGUCUCGAGGGAUCCCACUAUGAACAAUCAACGACAGACAUAUGGAAGGCCAUCUGCAACUGUGUCAAGCGCGUCGUGACCGAGACAUUGGUCGACACGUCCACCAUCAGAGGCAUUGGCUUCGACGCUACAUGCUCUUUGGCAGUCUUCAGUCACGACACCGAUGAGCCCGUGCCCGUGACCGGGCCCGACUUUGCCAACGAUGGAAACGACCGUAACGUCAUCCUUUGGCUGGACCAUCGUCCCCUUGCCGAGACCGAGGAGAUUAAUGCGACCCGCCACAAUCUGCUGCGCUACGUCGGCGGCAGGAUGAGCGUCGAGAUGGAGAUCCCCAAGAUCCUCUGGCUCAAAAACAACAUGCCCAAGGAGCUUUUUGACCGCUGCAAGUUCUACGACCUCGCCGACGCACUGACCCACAUGGCUACCGGGAGCGAGACGAGAAGCUUUUGCAGCACGGUCUGCAAGCAGGGCUACGUCCCCGUCGGCGUCGACGGCAGCGUCAAGGGCUGGCAGGAGGACUUCUAUCACAAAGUCGGCCUUAGUGAGCUUGUUGACGACAACUUCAAGCGCAUGGGUGGAGUCAACGGGGUGAACGGAAAGUGGCUCAGCGCCGGCGAGCUCGUCGGUGGGCUCAGCGAAAAGGCAGCCGCGGAGCUAGGGCUUCCGGCAGGCGUCGCCGUCGGCAGUGGUGUCAUUGACGCUUACGCAGGCUGGAUUGGGACGGUCGGCGCUAAGGUUAAGUUGACGCCCGACGAGCUCGACGAGACGGUGCCACCCAAUGACGUCGCGCAAGCCUUUACUCGCCUGGCGGCCGUGGCGGGCACCUCGACGUGUCACCUGGCCAUGUCCAAGGACGCCGUGUUUGUCGAUGGCGUCUGGGGCCCCUACCGCGAUGUGCUCGUGCCGGGCUACUGGAUGGCCGAGGGCGGCCAGUCGGCGACGGGCGAGCUGAUGCGGCACAUGAUUGAGACGCACGCCGCCUGCGCCGAGGCCCAGGGCGAAGCGGCCGCCGUGGGGAAGAACAUCUACGACUUCCUCAACGAGCACCUGCGGCAGCUCGCCGACAAGAGCUCCGCGCCGUCCGUCUCGUACGUGGCGCGGCACCACUUCUUCUACGGCGACCUCUGGGGCAACCGGUCGCCCGUGGCGGACCCCAACAUGCGGGGCGCCUACGUGGGCAUGAGCAGCGACAAGACGCUCGACGGGCUCGCGCUGCUGUACUACGCCACCAUGGAGUUCAUCGCGCUGCAGACGCGGCAGAUCGUCGAGGCCAUGAACGGCGCGGGCCACACCAUCUCAAGCAUCUUCAUGAGCGGCAGCCAGUGCCAGAACGACGUGCUAAUGGACCUGAUCGCCACCGCCUGUGACAUGCCGGUGCUGGUGCCGCGCUACGUCAAUGCCGCCGUCGUGCACGGCGCCGCCAUGCUGGGCGCCAAGGCGGCCAGCGCCGGCAAGGACGGCCUGGCUGACGGCGCCACCGAGGAUCUCUGGUCCAUCAUGGACCGCAUGAGCAAGCCAGGCCGCCCGGUCAAGCCCAGCACGGACGCCGGACAGCGGAGGUUGCUGGAUGCCAAGUACAAGGUCUUCCUGGAGCAGUGCCGCUCCCAGCAGGAGUACAGGAGGGUGGUGGACGAGGCCGUCAAGGCGUGAUCCUGGCGGCCGAAGACUGCGUUUCGCAGCGACAUGAUUAGUGAUGCGCCCAGCGCAAGGAGAAAUCUGGAUGGACACAAAUCGGUUAGGUGAUAGACGGACGGCGUUAUGGCUUGGUUUUCUCAUAGAGUGUCAUAAUAUUGUAAUACAAAACGACAAAAAAAAA